AUGUUGGUUGGAGAGGCUGAGCAUUGGUGGAGGGGUACUCAACAUAUGUUGACCGCUAGAGGAGUGGUUGUUGAUUGGGAGUGCUUCAGGAGGGUGUUCCUGGAAAAGUACUUUCCGGAGAGCGUGAGGCACGCCAAGGAGGCGGAGUUCAUGCGGUUGCACCAAAGUGGGAUGACAGUCUCUGAAUACGCGAUGAGAUUCGAGCACCUGGCUCGUUUCUAUUCGCAAGCUAUAUUUGAGGCCUGGAAAUGUAGGAAAUUUGCUAAGGGUCUAAAACAUGAGUUGAUGAGGGUGGUGGUUCCUAUGGCCAUCACUGAGUUUCCAGCCUUAGUGAAGAAGGCGAAGGUUGUUGAGAGGUUAGAAGGUGGCAACCGUGUGACUAGAGCUGCUAAGGGACCAGCUGGGUAUUGUCCUUACAAGGAGAGCCGGUGUUUCAGGUGCCAUCAGAUGGGUCAUGAGUCGUUCAAUUGUCCUACCCGAAAUGGACCAGAGAGGGGCGAUGCUCAUAGGAGUGGUGCUCAGAGAGGUGAUGCCCAGAGGGGUGACAGACCCACUACAACUGGUAGGGUGUUCGCCUUGACGGGUGCCGAGGCUUCGACUUCUUCUGAUCUUGUGAAGGCGAAGGGCAAAGCUGCUAGUAAGGAUGUGAUGUUUUUAUUUGAUUCUAGAGCUUCUCACUCUUUUAUCUCUUAUGCUUGUGCUACUAUGCCGGGUGUGCCGGUGCGUGAUUUGGGGUUGAGACUGCUAGUGUCGAUGCCCGCUUCAGCUUCGGUAGUUGCUUGGGAGUUGUGUGCUGGCUGUUUUAUUAUUGUGAAUGGAAAGAGGUAUAAGGCGGUUGAUUUUUCCUCAAGUGGAGGAUGA